AUUAUGAUUGGUGCUGGCAGUGGAGUAGCACCGUUUAUCAGCUUUAUAAGACAACGUAAACGUGACUGCCAUGAGACGGGAUCAUCAACCAAUAACUUAUGGUUAAUCUAUGGAUGUCGUUCUCCAACAACCAGCCUUCUAUUCAAAGAAGAAUUAUCCGACGCUGUCAAUGCCAAAUUGUUAAGCCAUUUAUGCCUAUGUUUCUCUAGAGAUACUGUUAAUUCACCAGAUGACAAAUAUACUCUUGCUGACUUGCCAUCAGUAUUACGCGAACAAGCUUGUUUCCCCUUGAAAUCACAUUAUGUUCAAGAGUGUAUCUACCACUCUGACUCGUCUGAGAAUACUCCAUCUGGACAUGCUAUUGAAUUAAUGCAGCUUGUUUAUGAUCACAGCGCAAAGAUAAUGGUUUGUGGUGAUGCACGUGGUUUAGCGCCAGGUGUUUUCCAAGCUUGGAUUAAGUUAUUAGCUAUGAAACUUCAUUGGGUACAAACAAAUACUUGGUGUACAUAUGCUGAGUUAUCUAGUGAAGAAUUGAAAAACGCUCAGGUGUAUCUGCAAGAAAUGCGUAAAUUUAAACGCUAUCAAGAAGAUAUUUGGUUGUAAAUGCUGGUGGUUACUUUGUUGCUCUGUACAAAUGAAAGCAUAAUAAUAAUAAUAAUAAUUUUUUAUAGAUUGCUUCAAUUUGUGCAUAUUUUUUCAAUUUUCUAAUGAGCCUCUCGCUAUAUACAUCAAAAAGCUGGAGCUGUGUGUUCCAAAGAAACUAGUCCAGCCUUUACAACUAUCAUGGACCUAGUCCGGUAUAUCCCCUUAUCCUUCAGCUGUUGUUUUGUUUUUGUUUUGUUCUCUGUGUGCGUAAUUUUCUCUCCUUGUCUUCAUUCAAUUCAUCCCAUCUCUUUUUUCAGUUAUAAAAUCCGUUAUUUUAAGUUUGUUUCCAUGCUCCUCUUCCUGACCACACUUGUAAUUUGUUUAGAAUAACCAUUUUACAAUUAUAUUCUAAUCCUGUGUACUUUUUUUGUUUCUAUGCCUCUUGUA